AUGCCUUCCAAGAAGGAUGGCAUAAAUCAAGAGUACGAGCAGCAUCCCUUUCUGCUCUCUAUCGACCGUCUCGCCCAGCAGCUCGAUACCAACAUCGACACCGGUCUGAGUGAUGCAAAGGUCGGCCAGCUUCAAGAAAAGUAUGGCGCCAAUCGGCUGUCUGGGGAGGGGGGUGUCAAAUGGUACACCCUUCUCGGAAAGCAGAUAUCAAAUGCUAUGAUUCUAGUGCUUGUACUAGCAAUGGCACUUUCAUACGGUGUCUCCGAUUAUAUUGAAGGCGGUGUCAUCACUGCUGUUAUUGUCAUCAACGUCCUCAUCGGUUUUUAUCAGGAGUUUAAAGCUGAGAAGAAAAUGGACUCUCUGCGGUCCCUCUCCUCUCCCUCCGCAAACGUCAUCAGAAACGGCAACGCCAUCACCGUUCCAUCAGGAGAAGUCGUUCCAGGAGAUGUUGUUCAGAUAAAAACUGGAGAUACUGUUCCUGCCGACUUGAGGCUCUUUGAAGCCAUGAACCUUGAAUGUGAUGAAAAGAUUUUGACUGGAGAGGCCGCCCCCGUUGCCAAAGAUACCGAGUUCGAAGCCAACGGUGAUGAGGUGACUGUAGGUGUUGGAGACCGCCUCAAUAUGGCCUACUCUUCCUCCACCGUAACCAAAGGCCGUGGUCGUGGAAUAAUCGUCUUUACCGGAAUGUAUACGGAAAUUGGCAAGAUAGCACAGUCUAUGCAAGGGAAAAAGAGGAAAGCCGGCCGCUCCAUGUCUUCCAAGCACGGCACCUUCCAGCCAGUCAAGGGAGGUGCUCUGCGUAUCUGGGAUGCGAUUGGAAAGUUCCUCGGCUUGACUGAGGGGACUCCCCUGCAGAUUAAAUUGAGUAAACUUGCCUAUUCCCUCUUUGGAUGUGCCAUCUUGCUUGCUAUCAUUGUCUUUGGAGUUAACAAGUUCAACGUAACGGAUGAAGUCGCUAUCUAUGCCAUCUCGACUGGAAUUGCCAUUAUUCCCGAAUCACUUAUUGCCGUCCUUACAAUCACAAUGGUGGUUGGUAUGACCCAGAUGCGAAAGCGACGAGUGGUCGUUCGGCAACUUAGUGCUCUCGAGGCUCUAGGAGGUGUUACCAACAUUUGCUCAGAUAAAACAGGAACUUUGACCCAGGGACAAAUGGUAACACGUAAAGCGUGGCUACCUGGCGUGGGAAUCUACUCCCUAACCAAGUCCAACGAUGCUACUAACCCAACCCGUGGAACUAUCACUCUCGGAAAGUCACCAGCAACCCGACAGGAGGCAGAACAGGAACGCGAGCGCAAACGCUCCGAGCAAGAUGCUCUUCGAAGUGCCGCUGGUUUGAAAUUUGACGUCCCUGCCGAGAAAGAAGAACGAGACCAACGACGAAAGGAGGAGAUUCGUAAUGAGAAGCAGGCAGAAGAAGAUGACGAUGAUGAAGGAUCUGAAGGCGCAGUCCUCCCAGAGGUUGUCCCUGAAUUGGCCGCUUUUCUUGAAUCUGCUGCAUUGUGCAAUCUAGCAACUGUCCGAUAUGACGAGCCUGCUGGCUCCUGGCAAACAAUGGGUGACCCAACUGAAGUUGCCCUGCAAGUGUUUGCCCAUAGGUUUGGGUUUGGCAAGAAAUCUCUCGAGGCUGAGAAUGGAUGGAAGCCUCUGGCUGAAUACCCCUUUGAUAGUACCGUGAAGCGCAUGUCUGUCAUCUACAAACGUGACCAGGGGAAUGGAACUGUUAUCUUCACCAAAGGAGCCGUUGAAAGAAUCUUGGAUCUAUGCACCUCUGUUGGAUUUGGCGAGAAACGUGAACCCAUGACCCCCGAAAUGAAGGAACAAGUGCUCGACCAGAUGGGAUUCCUUGCCGAACAGGGACUACGAGUUCUAGCGAUUGCUCAGAAACCCGGCCCUAAGAGCCUCGACAAGAAUACCGAAAUUCCGAGAGAUCAGGUUGAAUGUGAUCUUACAUUGUUGGGAUUAGCCGGUUUAUACGAUCCUCCAAGAUUGGAGACCAAGGAUGCUGUCAAAGAAUGUACCAUGGCCGGAAUUCGUGUCCAUAUGUUGACUGGUGACCACCCUUCCACCGCAACCGCCAUAGCAAAGGAAGUAGGAAUCAUUCCACGCAACACUGGCACCUUAUCUGCAGCAGAAUCGGCAUCUCUGGUCAAAACUGCCGCCGAGUUCGACGGAAUGACUGACCAAGAGAUUGAUGCUUUGCCUUCCCUACCGCUUGUGAUUGCCCGUUGUGCCCCUGACACAAAGACUCGAAUGAUUGCUGCGCUCCACCGCCGCGGCAGAUACUGCGCCAUGACAGGAGACGGAGUCAACGAUGCACCCUCCCUUCAGGCUGCUGAUGUUGGAAUUGCCAUGGGUAUGGGAGGCUCAGAUGUUGCAAAAUCGGCAUCUGACAUUGUGCUUACCGAUGACAACUUUGCCAGUAUUGUUAAUGCUAUCGAGGAAGGACGUCGCAUGUUUGAUAAUAUCCAAAAGUUUAUCCUCCAUCUUCUAACGUCGAACAUUGGCGAGGUAGUUCUUCUGAUUAUGGGCCUUGGAUUCAAGGAUCAAAAGGGAUUUUCUGUCUUCCCACUUUCACCACUGCAAAUCCUAUGGAUCAACAUGUUGACCUCCUCGUUCCCUGCCUUCGGACUAGGCCGUGAAAAGGUAUCCGCCGCAGUCAUGCAUCGUCCUCCACAUGAUACCAAGAAGGGUGUAUUUACCUGGCAGAUUGUAGUUGAUAUGAUGGUCUACGGCAUCAUCAUGGGAGCUUGUACAUUGCUUACCUUCGUGAUAGUGGUCUACGGCGUCGGAAACGGCAUGGAAGAUCUGGGAAUUGAUUGUAACCAUGCCGCCAGCGAUAGCUGCAACGUUGUUUUCCGUGCCAGAGCAGUGGUUUUCGCUGAGCUGACUUGGCUUAUUCUCAUCUCAGCAUGGGAAUUCAAGCACCUUCGCAACAGCAUGUUCAACCUUGAACCAUACCGUGACCACAGCGACGAUACUGUUCCUUUCUUCCCCUUCUUCCACGAUAUUUGGGAGAAUCAAUUUCUUUUCUGGGCUGUUGUUAUCGGAGCCCUCUCGGUUUUCCCAGCUGUCUACAUCCCGGGACUGAACACCAAGGUUUUCAAACACCAAGGUAUCACUUGGGAAUGGGGCCUUGCUUUUGGAUCAGUGGUGAUAUUUGUUCUCGGUAUUGAGGCCUGGAAGUUUGUCAAACGACGCACUGGAUGGUUUGCAGAGGGCGAAGAUUAUGGUGAUGUCGCAGCCACCGGCUUCCGCAGAAGAUGGCCAAGCCACGAACUUGGUCUUCGUCAAGGCUUCUUCACCUUUGCCAAAUCUCUUACCAAGGGCAGUGAAAGGAGUAUUCCUGUGGGCCCAGAAAGUGGAAGGUCAAGUGUUAUGGGCAGAGAUAAUCACCGUCGACUUGAUGAUGGCGGAAGAGCGAAGGAAACAGUUUGA